GUUUCACCACAACAGCCAACAGGAGUUACCAGUAGUAAAUUCUAGGAUAAAUAAAUACUGAAUCGGUGUUGUCAAAAAUGCAAUAAUAUACAGUGACAACAAUUAAGGAGUAAAUAUACAGAGUUAAUUGACAUCUUAGACAUCAUGUCGUCGUCGAGUGGUCGUACGACUCGACAGCAGAAGCACAUCUUGUCCACUUCGACCGAGUCCAUCUUGUAUCCCUCAGGGUGCAAGGAUGUUCAAGAGGACAUGCACGCCGACGAAUUAAUUCGGCGGCUCAAAAGCUUGGCCUCAGCAUUUCAAAGUAUGGGACAAGAGGAAAAUGCUUACGACGAGUAUGUUCCAGUUUGCCUGCACUUGGCGGAGGAUGGAUUUUUACAUCAUGCGAGUAAAGACGUCCGACUCUUGGUGGCCUGUUGUAUUGCAGAUAUUCUGCGAAUCUAUGCACCUGAAGCUCCUUACAAGGAGACUGAACAAGUUAAGACUAUCUUCAAAUUCCUUAUCUCUCAAUUGGAAGGAUUGAAAGACCCUAAAGAUGCUGCUUUUAAGCGAUAUUUUUACUUGUUGGAAAACUUAGCUUACGUCAAAUCAUUUAACAUGUGUUUUGAACUGGAUGAUGCUCAAGAAAUAUUUUGCAGCUUGUUUGAACUGAUAUUUUCCAUUGUAAAUGACGAACACUCGGGCAAGGUGAAGUCUUUCAUGCUGGAUGUUUUGUGCCCUUUGGUGUCAGAGUGCGAUUCCGUCUCCAACGAAUUACUAAAUAUAAUAUUAAGUAAUAUCGUGGAGCCUGUAAAAACAUCAAAGAAAAAUGCGUACAACCUCGCUAAAGAGCUCAUCAUCAAAUGUUCAGAGACACUCGAGCCUUACAUUCAAAACUUUUUUAACCAAGUCCUUAUUUGUGGAAAGGAUGAAGUAAAUUUGUUUAUAGCCUACAAGGUCUACGAUUUAAUUUACGAGUUGAAUCACAUCUGCCCGAGCAUCUUGCUCUCGGUCAUUCCGCAGUUAGAGUACAAGUUGAAAAGCACAGAUGAGGCUGAGAGACUGGGAUCUGUUUCGCUGUUGGCAAGAAUGUUUUCAGAAAAGGAGUCCACGCUAGCAAUUCAUCACACGCCUCUUUGGCAAGCCUUUAUUGGAAGAUUCAAUGAUGUCAGCGUCAAUAUUCGGAUCAAGUGUGUGCAAUAUUCUAUGCAUUUCUUGUUGAACCAUGUAGAGGUCCGAUCAGACAUUGUUGAAGCUCUCAAGUUGCGGCAGCACGACUCUGAGGAGAAUGUUCGAUUUGAGGUUGUCAAAGCUAUUGUGGCAACUGCUCGUUUGGAUUUCAAUAUUGUAUCCGAAAGUGAAGAUCUCCUAAAUUAUGUGAAAGAAAGAACUUUGGACAAAAAGUUUAAAAUUCGCCGAGAGGCUGUCCAAGGGUUGGCCUUAAUUUAUAAGAAACAUCUGAAUGCGGAAUAUGUUCCUGAAGCAACGAAGCGAGCAGUUAACUGGAUCAAAGAUAAGAUUUUGCAUGUCUAUUACAUGCAGUCUUUGGACGAUAGGAUCCUGGUGGAACGACUGAUGAAUACCUGCUUGGUUCCGUUCCAACUGGAACCAUAUGACAGAAUGAUGAAAUUAAUGUACCUCUACGGUACCAUUGACACAAAUGCAUCCAAGGCAUUUGUCGAAGUUCAAAAGAAUUUGUUAUUAGUUCGUCGACACGUUCAAGAACUUCUUAAUAGCAUACGCAACGAGUCUAAAGUUGACUACGACCGGCAGCUGAAUAUUCGCAUAUCUCAAUUAACGAAGUUUCUCCCUGACCCUGUAAAGGCUUCUGAAUUUCUAUGCAAAUUCAGUACAGAUCUGAAAAAUGACAAGAACCUGUUUCGAACAAUGGAAACAAUUGUCAACCCUGCGACAGAUUGUAAAACGGGAACUGAACACACGAAUUUUGUUCUUAAAAAACUUGGAGCUCCAGUAAUGACCAAUUUGUAUUACAAUACAAUUAAAUUGCUUCUUGAAAGGACGUCGUCUGUCAUUAUUGAUAAAGAUUCGAUUUCGAAAUUAAUGAACAUCAUGCACGAAAUCGUUGCUGGAAAGAAAGAAGUUCUGACUGGUGUUGGAUUGGAUAAACAUACUGCGAUAGAUCGUGGACUAAACCUGGUUUGCAUUUUAUCGUAUGCUUUCCCCCUUCACUUUUGUGACGCCGAGAUCUUAAACAUGAUGGUUCAACUCCUCGAAUUUGUUGGAGAUGUUGGUCAACCCAAAGUGUUGGCCGCUUUGACUAGUAUUGGAAAAUCAAAACCAAUGGGUCAAUUUUACCAAAAUGUAAUGGGAACUCUUGUUCCGCAAUGCCAAACGAUGCUUGUGACUGGAGGUGCAAGACAUGGGAAACACGCUGUUCGCUGUCUCCACAUCAAUAUGAACGAAUCUGCUCGGAACCACAUUUUUGGUCAAGUGGUUGAAGCCCUCAGGGCAAACUUGGAUCCAGACAAUAACAAUUAUCGAACAGCUAUUAUUGCAUUAGGACAUAUUGCUCUACUCAUGCCAGAAGAAUUCAAGUACGACAUGAAAUCCAUAAUCUCCACCAAGAUUGUAAAAGAGCUACUGGUCGCCCCACGUCGAACUGACGAUGACAAAUUAAAAAAUUCUGAGAGCUGGUGUGAUGAGGAAGAUCUACCUGAGAUUACCCGAUGCAUGAUUGCCGGACUGAAAACAACUGUGAGAUGGUUAAUGGGAUUGAAAAGCGAUAUGAAAGCGGCCCUUAAGACGUUCAAAAUGCUUGCUGCAUUCGUUGAAACUGGGGGUGGGUUCAUCAGUGUGUUGAAUGUUCCAUUCAGUAAUGCGGAAAAAGCCUGGCUUCGGUUGACGGCUGGGUGUUGUAUGCUCAAAAUCUGCGAACAAAAGGGAGUCGGUGAUCAAUUUAGUGCAGCACAAUUUUGCUCUCUUGCCAAAUUGAUGAAUGACGAAGUGCUAGAAGUUCGGGAUCGUUUCGCACACAAACUACAUCGAGGUCUUUCUCGUGGAAUUCCACACAAGUGUUUGCCACUUGACUUUAUGGGAUACUACUCACUUGCUGGUUACGAAACAGAUAAGAGACAGAAGGCCAUGGUGCGAUCGUAUAUGAUGACAGACAUUGAGAAGCGACGAGAGUACAUAAAAAGUCUAAUGAUGACCGCAUCUGACCGAGCUGCAGAGCAGCUUCCUCACAUAAUGCCUGAUUACAUGCUUGUGUUUUCCGUCCCUGUGUUAACGCAUAACCCUAAAUUUUCAUCAUAUACUGAUCACAAGGAAUUGGCUGAGAUUAAGGAGUGCUUGUGGUUCAUCCUGGAGCCUUUAAUUGUUAGGAAUGACAAUUAUUCGUUUGGGUUUUACAAGACGUUGGUUGAAAGGAUGAAGAAUCAUAAAGAUGCCCUAGAGCCAGAGAACGAAGAAAUUCUUUGUAAAAUGUAUGCCUGCUGCGAUAUUGCUCUGGGACUAAUUCUCCAGAGGUCCACUAGUUUUGAGAUGAAAGACUAUCCUUCGGAACCAAGAAUUCCUCCGAUGUAUUUUAAACGUAACGACGAUCCAUUCUAUCAAAAUACGAGAACAUACCUUCCUACUGACAUGCAGUAUUCAGCCCCCAAAAAGGCUGGCGUAACUGUAUCUGUUGCUUGGGACAAUUCAACUAAGAAACCUAUCAAAAGAUUAAAACGAGACGCUGUCCUUGUCCAGGAUGAACACGGCAACGUUUCCAUCGAUGCUCAGCCGAAUGACGCUAGUGAAACUCGCUUACAGAUUCCUGGCAUCAAGAACGGUGAAAGUGACGAGGAUGAUGAGGAACAUGACGAAAGUCAGGCCACCAGUGGAGCAAAUUCGUUACAAGCCCAAAGUGAAACUAAAUCAAGUUCAAGUGCAUCAUUGUCCACCCUGAAACUUGUUUCAGUGGAUGAAAAAUUGGACGGAAUGAAAAACAACCGCACCACUCUUACCACUGCUCCUAAGAAGGAAUCCAAUGGACGUGGAAAUGAUAGUGACACAGAUUCACGUAAUAGUUACGGGAAAUCAACGGGUAGUAGUAGAACAAGUACGAAGGAACCUGAUGUCACGGAUGCCGAUAGCGAAUCCUCCUCCCCAAAACCCAAGGCAGAAAAAUUAAAACCAGUGACAAAACGAGGAAACUUAUCUGUAGCAAGUGCAAGCCCAAUCCCUGACAGCGAUGACAGUUUAAAUCAUCAAAAUGAGACAGCUGCCACCACCACCGCCCGAAGUAGACGGAUCAUAAAAGCCGUGACCGUUGGUGGCAGUACAAAUGCUUCACCAAAGAGCGAUGCGUCAUCAACAAAGUCUGCAACACCCACCGUCAGUACGCCGUUAGCUUCACCACCACCAACAACAAAAUAUACAAGCAAACGUGCCAACUCUAGCGAAAUUCCUUCAAAGUCUACCACAACCACCGAGACAGACGCGACUCCGCCACGAAAAUCAGCUAGGCUAGCUAAGAAAUAAAUAAUGUUAUACAUCACAUGUCGUUUAAUCUGUGUGUAUAUAACAUUAUACAAAAAGUUUUUCCUACAUUAUUCUUCUUUAUUUAUGUUAAUUUUCUACUACUACCACCAUUACUACGACUAUAUCGAGUUGACAUCAACUAUUAUUCAUAAAUGCCGGACUUUAAAAAUAGAAUAUUAUUUCAGAAAGAAUGACAACUCCUCGUUUUGUAUUUCUCAUAUAACGUAAACUCUGUGUGCCCUCAAAAUAUUGGUCUAAUCCAAUUUAAGUCUCAAUAAAUAAAUGAUUUUCAACAGUUUGA